UUGUAUGUAGUCAAAAUAUUUCAUAAAAUUGAACGCCCCGCUUCUAUUUCUUUCAGGCAGUCAAGCUCCCAAAAGUCAGAAUGUCCAAGGAAGUCGACCGGGAAAUCUCCCUGUUCCGCUCCCUAAUAAAAAACCGAAGGUUCACGCUCAUAUUGAGAUGCUCUUCUUUCUGUUCCUCUCCUUCGAAGGAUUUCAUUUUCAUUCACGAAGGUGUGCCACAUUUGUGCAGAUUCGACGACACAACUCUCCGAAUUCUCGAGUCAAUUUUAGUCUGCAACGAUGUGAAAUUGCUGCUUCAAAUAACCUCCACUUUAAAGAAUUUCAUGCGAUACGAAUCCCUCCAAGUCCUCCGCGAAAUCAGCGCUCUCAGAUCUGUUGAUGAUAAUCUAAACAUUGUCGAAUUUCUCGUCCGCGUUUUUGCUCUUAUCGGGGAUGAUGAGAGUUGUUUGGCCUUGAGAUAUGAGGCAUUGCUCAUGAGAGAACGAAAUGCUCCAAGUGAUCAGAGACUUCAAGUCUCAGGUGUUGAAUGGUUCACCUUUGCAGAACAUUCAUUUCAGAAUGGUUUUUGUUCUAUUGCUAGAAUGGCAUGUGAUAAGGCAUUAUUAUGUUUCGAUACAAAUAGCAUUACAUUUGAUAGUGAGACUGGACAACACUUCAAAUAUUUGUUUGAAAAAAUCGAGGAGCUCAAAGAUUCUGCUGCUAUCACUGCUUCUUCACAUUCUGUUCAGGCAAAGACAGCACAAUACUUGAAGAUUAAACCAGUUGAGACACAUUCAGAUCAAACUUUUCCCCUUAUUGAAGUUAUUAAAGGUUCCGCAAGUGUUAUGUUUCGUGAAGGGAUUAAAAGACGUCAUUUGCGGCAGUUGCAUGAUGCCCGAGGCAGGUAUCGACCUUCAGAAAUGAGCUGAAAAUUUCGUGUUCGUGUCAACAUCUUCACUACUUUAUGAAUUAUAAACAUUGUGGGCUACUUCACCUUGUCUAACAAAGCUAUUACAACAAGGAUAAAAUCCAAUUGUUGGCCAUAUUUUGAUGGACUGAUUGGUUUGAUAAAGGUGAACUUAACUUGAACAGUUGAACCAACUGAUAUUGGGGUUACCUUCCAGAAUCUGAGAUUUCGGGUUGGUAGCACUAGCAGUAUUUGAUUUCUUGGCAUAUUAUGAUGCACGAAAACUCUGGAAAAUAUGAAUCCAUUUUCCCCAUUUUUCCAUUUUUGUACAAAUCAUGGAAACCUCUCAAAAAGGUGUUAAAACUUAAAAGCACCACACCACAUUGACUAUUCUUUAAAUCUCAAUAUGAUACGGAGUAUCAAA